AUGCGGUGGAACCUCCUCCUCCCUCUCCUUCUCCGCCUCAUUUUACUGGCACUGACAAAGAGCGAAAUGUUUCACUUUCAGAUGCCCGAAGAGGUUCCUAUUAAUACAGUAAUUGCAGAACUUCCCAGUCUUCUAAACUUUCCAUCAUUGGAGGAUUCCGCUAAUAUCAAUUAUCGAUUCAAAAUUCUCUCUUCCAACCCGAUCUACAACCAAAUGUUCGCAAUUGACCAGCGCACAGGAAUACUGCGCACCAAUGGCCUAAUCGACCGCGAUCAACUCUGCCAAAGGGCAGAUCUCUGCUGUACAAUGGUUAAUCAGCACGAUACUCCCAGCACUCACGAUGUCAAGGUCGUGGGCAUGGAGGCAGCGCAGUCGAAGCUAGGGAACCAUAUGAUUUCUACAGGACUCAAAUGCAAUCUAGACUUUCGUGUUGCCUUUACUUCCAAAGCUGCAGGAUUUUCCACCUCAUUUGCUUCAAUUCACAUUGAUCUUAUGGAUCUGAAUGAUAAUGCGCCCAAGUUUACUGGUCUCUCAAGCACACAAAUCUCGAGAAAUUACGACGGUAGCCUUUUGUAUACCGUCUCAAUUCCAGAGAGCGCCCACAUUGGCUUUCAAUUACCACUUCCUUUGGCCCAAGAUGGGGAUGCUGGGUCGUUUGGUGUACAAGGCUACAAGCUAGAAGAAACAUCGGGUCAAAUGCGAUCACAGAUGGAUCAUCGUUUCACCUCUACUUUUCCCUUUGAGCUUAUCUUACCGCGUCGUGACGAUGGAGUAUUACUACCGAAGUUGGAAUUGCGUGAGCCUCUUGAUUAUGAAAAACGACAAGACUACUAUAUAACACUCAUUGCCUUUGAUGUUGAUCGGCACUUGCCCCAUUCGGCAGAAAUUCUCGUUCGAGUCGAUGUGAUAGAUGAGAAUGAUAACCAGCCCAAUGUGAGUGUCCGUACCCGUGUGCAGGGUAGUUUGGAUACCUCAUCUACGGGUAGUGGGCGUCUACAAAUCCACAUUCGUGAGGACACUCCAAUUGGAACACUCUUAGCCAACUUUGAAGCCAGAGAUGCAGACAGUGGAGAGAAUGGUAGAGUGACUUUUGCUUGGGCGGAAACCAUCCCACCAAGAGUUCAGCGUCUCUUUGAGCUCAAUCCCACAUCUGGUGAACUUCGUCUUGCUGAUCGUCUCGACUAUGAUAGUUUAUCCAAAUCCUCCUCACAUAGAGGCUUCGAAGCUUACAAUCUUGUUGUUGUUGCUUCCGACGACGGAAAGCCAACUCGACUGUCCACAUCUGCAAGUAUUGUAAUUGAAUUGGUGGAUGUGAACGAUGAGGAACCAAAAAUUACAGUGAUGGAUUUGGCUAACCGCAGUCCCACCCAGCUGGAGGUAUUAGAGAACGAGGAGAGGGAUACUUUCGUGGCUCUUGUGACUGUACAAGAUCUCGAUGGCGCCAAUGGCCCAAAUGGCCAAUUUUGCUGCACCCUCAAUAGUACUCUUUUCCGUCUCAUUGCUGCAGACACCUUCGUGGGACACAAGGUACCAUCACCUGGAUUACUGGGAGAGCACGAUGACUUGACCUUUACGGGAGGUCACAGCUCCGUUCUCGGCGCUGGAAGAGCUGAAUUUCAGUUAGUCACAGCCACUACCUUUGACCGAGAGCAGACUGCAGUUCACUUCGUGGCCAUACGGUGUCAGGACAAGGGAUCACCCUCUUUGGAGAGUCAGACCACCUUCGCUGUCACCGUUUUGGACGUUAACGAUAAUCCACCACAAUUUCCCGUCAAUCCACUCACCGUCACAAUUGCAGAAGACGCCCAAGUGGGAAGUGUAGUGGUCAACCUCAACGCCACCGAUCCCGAUCGACCAGACGACUCACAUCCCGUCACCUACACUCUCGUCAGCAUCAUCGCACUCUCCAUCACUCAUCCCAUGAGCCCCACUAACUCCUCCCACUUCCGUCUGGAAGGUCAUACGGGUCGGCUGUUGCUGGCUGAACCACUGGACCGCGAGACCAAUGCGGAGUACCAGCUGACAGUGCGCGCAACAGAUAGGGGCAGUCCAAAGUCACAGUUCUGUGACCUUGCCUUACGCAUUCAUGUCCUCGAUGUCAACGACAAUCCGCCGGUAUUCGGUAGUCCAUCGGGAUAUCGUUUUGUCAUUGAGGAGGAGAGGGAAGCAGGUUCAGUGGUGGGUGUUGUGUCGGCGACGGACAUUGAUGAGGGCAAGAAUGGGAAGAUAUCCUACCGUCUUUUCGGUACUGCGGCAGCAGUUCAGCGUGGAUUCGCAGUUAAUCCUACGACCGGAGAGAUCACGACUAAAAUGAGCCUUGAUCGAGAAGUCAACGCUGUUUACGAGUUCUUCGUCACCGCAGAAGAUUCGAGCUCCUCCAAACGACUUACUGCUACAGCAAAGGUCAUUGUCGAAUUGCUCGACAUCAAUGACAACGAUCCCAAAUUCAUCUAUCCCACUCAACCCAAUCACACCAUCCACGCAUCGGCGUAUAGCAAAGUGGUACGUCCAAGCUCCACAUUCCUCGUCAACACUCGACGAGAAUUGUAUCCUUUGCUUACGCAUCCACCACCUGCGGGGGCCAACGUCGGGGGAACUGCGAUUGUCAAACUGACGGUGUUUGAUGCAGACGCGGGCGGAGAACAAGGUCUCCUCUUCCUCAUGAAAAACUCCACCUCACAAGGUCUCUUCUCUCUGAAUCCCAGUUCCGGAGAACUUUCUUUUGCUCGUGAGGUACUUGAUGACGACAUUGGCAGUCAUUAUUUAGAAAUCGAGGCAAAGGAUAAUGGGGUUCCUUCACGUUCUUCCAUCACCUCUAUUACCGUUGUAAUUGACACGAGGAAUCCUCAGAGAAAUUCUGGGCCGCUUAAUGCAGGUGUAGAGUACGUGAACAGUCCGCCGUAUUCAAAGUCAUGGAGCCACAGGGAUGAAGCCGCAUAUCCCCUCUACGGUCAGGAUGCAGGCGUGGAAGUCUAUUCACGUCAAGACACUUCCCCAGCCUUCGAUCGUCGUCUGAUACUCAUUUGCUGUCUAGCAUUUCUCGGAUGCUUACUUCUGGUAGUAUUCGGGGCUAUUCUCAUUCGUUUCCGCCAUCGUGCACCCACAGAAACCACGGCGUCUUCUAAUCCUGUAAAUUUUGUUCAUACGAAGGAGGCAAAGUACAGAGCAGCUACCUUACAACCACAGACUAGCGUGCCAGGAAAGGAUAUGAAUAGAUACGUGUAUGGCUGGUCAGCUCAGAGGUCGCCGGUGGUUGGAGGUGCUCGUGGCUCAAAUGCCGCUCUCCUACAACAACAGCAACAGCAAAGACUACUGCAAGAACACCAACAACACCAAGAACAACUCCUCCGACUUGGCUAUGUAAACGGCACUACCGCAGGUGUAGCGUCUGCAGCCGCAAACUUUGACAACAUAAUACAGGUUCGACCGUGCAGAGGCGAGGUAACUUUGCAAGCAAAAAAUCGGUCAAGUUCAUUGGGAGACAGUCUGGAGGAGUACGAGAGGCCUCCCAUCCCCAUUGCCGAUAGGGCGAACAUUUACCUCAGCCAAGGACAGGUUAACCGAGUUGACGAUGUUUGGGAACAGCGUGCUGACAGGGGUCUCAACAAUUAUGAGGCUCCCGGUGAUGGGAACGGUUACUACAACAAACUAAGCGCAAGUGGUGGAGGCACAGGCUUAAUCCUACAGCCUGGAGCCUACAUGCAAGGUGGACAAUACUUUCACGAAGACUGUGUUGAAGAUGACGGUGGUGCAGAUCCAGACUCUGCAGUCUUUCUGACCAACACUCGUUCCGCCACCGUUGCUCGCAACGCUGGAUAUCAAACGCUUUUCAAUGUUACCACAACCUCAUCAGGCUCCCAACAACAUCCACCCACCUCGAUAGUCACAAGACCGAGCGAGUCACUGGAGGCAGGAGGCGAAGCAUUUGCAGCCAGUGAGACUCCACCAAGCGCCUUUGAGCUUGUUGGCACCUCUGCGGUUGCAAAACCAUCAUCCACUGCCUGGCGCAAGGAUCUCGGAAAGAAGGGCAUUGUCAGCUCCUCCUUUGUUUGA